AUGAGGCAACAACCUAAGAAGCUGACGGACUGCCCGGAAAAUCUCCGGGAGUCCAUCGACUGGUUAAUCCAGGUUAGGCAUGGGAAUGGUGAACAUGGUCUUAAGAACUUGGCUGAAGCCUUGAAAAAGUUGAUUGGUGAUGCUAUUAAAAAUGCUAGCGAGAGUCUUAAUGAUAGACAAAAGGAACUGUUAUGCGCCGAUAAAAGUUCUGCUGGUUUGUAUGACAAUCAUUGUCAGAAGCUUCAAAAGGGAAUUGAUGAUGCCAAAAAAUCUGAAGCUGAAAUAUCUAAGCUUAAAAAAAAGAAAGCUGACCAUUACAACGAAGUUCAUUACCUUACUGAGGAUGCCAGAAAAAGAGCCUUAGGGGACAUCGAGGAGAGGCAGAAGUCUCUUGAAAAUCUUAAACAAAGUCUUGAAGCGUUUAUUGGCAAAGAGAAUGACGUUAAUCCCGCAGCAAAAUUAUUAGAAAAUCUAUGCGAUGGUCUCCAAACAUUCCUAGGCUUCAACCCUGAUUCCAAAGGCUACGAUGGCACAGGAAUCGUGUACUCGGACCUUGACAGGCUGUGCGACGGGGUGAUGGCGUUCUUGGGUGGGGUGUUGGAGAGUGUUAAAGAGGAUGAAAAUGUGAAGUAUUAUUAUCCCGUGGAUGAUAUCGACGCUAAACUUCAGAUUGUUAAAAAAAGUAUGUAUAAGGGUCCCAAGGAAUUUUCUCAGACCAUUGAGGCUGUGACCGAGGCGCUGCAGGUUUGGGAUGGGGAGCUUCAGAAGAAAAUUAAUAAUGUUAAUAAUGCUUUCAAUGGGCUUAAACUCAUUGCUUUUGACGAUUUUGGCAACUCACUUAGUGCACUUAAGAAUCUUACGUCAGGCCAAAUUGACAAGGUCCCCAGCAGGCUGGACAACUGUAUCAGAAAGGCUGGAAACUUGGCACAGGCUUAUAGACAGGUCGAGAAACAUUAUAAUAUUCUCGAUCCCCAGAUAAAAAAGAAGCUGAAAGACGUCGUGCAUCGUGUUCAACUAGAGGUUGAAAAGCUUGUUAUCUCAGCAAAAAAUGAUGAGUUGAAAGCGGUGGUGGAGUUCAGUGGAAAACGGUUUGUAGAGUUGCAGGGAUAUAUUAAUAAUCAUGCAAACCACUGUGUUAAUGUCAUGAAAGAUAAUAUUAAUAGAGAGUUUGAGGGUCAGAUUAAGUCCAAAAUAAUCGAAAUUAAUGAUGAGCUGAAAGGGCACAUUUGGGCAUUGGAGGCAUGGAUUUCGUCAGCCCAGGAUGUUGUAGACAACGCUAUAAGGAAGUGCGAAGAGAUUUUGAAUAAGUUGGACGGUAAGACGGUAAAUAGUCAAAAUAAUCAAGAGAGAAAGGAAAUUGAAGAGGCGGCCGAUGCUCUGUGGCGAAAAGCCCGCGCACUUCUGACUGUUACAGAAGAGUCUAAAAAGACGCUGACGGACUUGGUGAAAAGAGCCCUUACGCAGGUAAAACACGUGGAUGAGGCGCUUAAAGCGGAUUUGUAUAACGUUAAGACGCAACUUACUACUAAGUUAGGUGACAUUACAUCCAAGAUUACUACGCUUGGUGGUAUUAUUAAUGGCAAAAAGAACCAAGAAAUUAAAACAAUCCAACAGCUUGUAGAACACAUUGAAAGUAUGGUUAAGAGUAUUGAGGGGAGUGGAGGCGGUGCAAGAAGCACAACAAGAGGCCUUUGGGAAGUUGUGAGGAAGGUGAACGAUUAUGUUAGCAAGUAUGCUAAAGGGUUUGACGCGACGCUGGGGGAGUGGGUGGCAUCGAUUUUGGAACACGAUGAACCUGUAAAGCGGUGGCUUAAGCAAUAUGUUAAUCAAUGUUAUCUGUGUUUUGAUCCAAGCCGAAUUAAUGGUGGCCAUGGGGAAGAAAGAAUCCAGCAACUUACUCCAAUAAUUGUGUCAAAAAUUAGAACUCUUGUAACAACCGAAAUCAAUGCGUCAGGUGAGAUCGUUCAAGAUUUGGAAAAGAUUAGUAGCUAUCUUGCAGAGGUUGCUGAAGCUACCCUGCCAGACAAGGUCAACAGCAUAGUUGCGGCGAUUGAGGCGUACAUUGUCGAUGUACAGCAAAAAGAUGAGUAUGACAGGCUUCCUCCACAACAUAAAAAAUAUCUCACCCGUGCCCUUGAAAUCAUGAUCCCAACUAUCUCCUCCACUGCCAAGCAAGCCGGGAAAGAGGUGAGAAAAAUAGCUGAUAACUGCAAACUCGACAACGUCAACGAUGCCUUGAAAGAGGCGGGCAAGCUUGACACAAAUCUUAAAACGGCACUUGCCCAAAAUGGUGGCGGUACCGGCACCAACACCAACCACGCCGCUCUAGUCGACCAAGCGAUCAAGGCGGUAGGAGAAAAGCUUAACGACCAGUUGCCGGAAGAUGGACAAAAAUUAAAAAGUCAUGUCAAGCUUGAGAAAGAGACUUGGUUUCCGAAUUACCAUGGUCAGGUCAACCAAGAUAAGGUGUCCGCUGCAGAACCUCUAACCGGUGGCUCAAACGCAGCCGAAGGUGCCCUCCCCAAGGCGAUCGGGGCGAUCAGGGAGCAGGUGGAGGCAAAUCUGAAAAUUAUUAAUGGUACCAUAAAUAAAGAUAAACUAGGCGAUGCCCACAAAGCCAUUACCUCCGCACUCACCACCUUUACAGAAGCCGUUAAGAAAUUGGUUGAUGGUGGGUUGUUCGUGGGAAACGAUGAUGAAAAGGGUGUAACGAAAAUUUUGGCAGAUUUGAAGACUCUUAUAAAUAAUAGAUCCUUGAUUGAUAGGGGCAACGACCUCACCGCAGCGAAGGGUCGCAUUCACCAUCUUCAAAACAGUACUUUGACCAAACUCGUUCAUGAAGUCGACAACUUCUACACCACCGUCAUUGAAACCCAGGUCAAUGAAGCUAUCGGUAAAAUCCAAGCGUAUAUCAGCCAAGAAAUCAUCGCCGCCACCAAGGAUAUACAAGAGAAAGCUAAAAAUGAUUAUUUCGAAAGAAUCCAUCCAAUGUUCGAGGAAAUGAAAACAAAAGUUUCCAACCAAAUUAAAGAAAUUCAAAAUGCCAUUGAUUAUGAUUUGAGUAGUGGCGUUAAGGGUUUAAUGAGGUGGAUGUAUAAUGGCAAUGAUAAAUAUAAGUUAGAAAAAAUUAAACAAAAUUCGAAAAAAUUCACAAGCCUGUCCAACACAUUCAGAGGUUAUUCCGAUGUGAUUUUCGCGUAUGUUCAAAACCAAGUGAAGAAUCAAGAUAAAAUAUCGGAGUUCACUAAGGUGGGAGACAUCAAAAAUGCGUUCGGCCGCUUACUUAGAUACAUCGCUAACAAUAAUGACAUAUAUAAUUUCGACCAUAUGUCGGUUCAAAUGCUUGCCGAUCUCUCCUCUUCCAUCCACUCCCUCUCCCCCACCAACUUCCACGGCUUCCACAACCCGCUGCUCCUCGACGCCCUCAGGUCCGGCAUGGACAAAUUCACCGAGCAACUCUCACACGCGUACGUGAAUAGGUACAGUGGGAAAACAUUUACUCAAUUAGUAAUCCCUAGGGAUCCUAAAUCCACCACCACCUCACAAGUCCUCUCCACCGAGGGCCGCAACUGCGCCAAGGUCUGCCUGACCAUACUGGAGAGGAUGAGUUAUGAUCUUCGUUUGUUGGUAAGAGACUAUAGUGCUUCUAAGAGUGCACAAAUAUAUGCAGGCACUGAAUUUGGCAAGUACUUCUCUCGCCGCGGCUACUACGUGGCGAGUGGAAGGGAUAAGCAAGACGGCCAGUUGCAACGUUCCUCUAACAUGACGGGUGGAGGCAUUUUAAAGAAGCUUGAUGAUGAAAUUGCCGUCGUCAAAACGGAUGAACACCUAAAGACGUGUAAGCCAAAUAACAAGGCAGAUAAGUUUAAUGUGAUGGACAUUAUCAGAUGCCUUGUCGUCCACCUUAGACAGUACUACAAUGUUUGUCACUACAUCAUCCCCGCGACACCAAGAGCACCAUCUAAUAUCUACCAGAUGCUCCUAUGGCUUACGGGACUGCAGUGGAACCCGAUGCUUCCCAAACUCGGUGAGCACGUUAAAACAUUGUUCGACAAACCCUAUGGAAAAGAAGACAAGAGAGAGUACAAGGACAUUCAACCAGAAGAGCUUUCAUUUUCAGCCACUACGCCCUUCACCGCUAAACAACUACAUGACACGCUUGACAUUCUAGGCUACCGCUCCGAGAAAAUGCUCAUCAUUAUCCUUGGUCACGGCCAUCCUGAUGGCCGGUACGCAGUUGACUUCAACACUAAUGUAGACAAUUUAUUAUAUCCUGGUAGCCCUGCUGCCUGUUUAGACAUGUUAGCAGAUAUAUUGAAUAGAGUGUUUUAUCAAUUGCGCUUCUUGUGUAGCCAGUGUUCCAACAUCCGUAGUAGGGGCGGAUGGCAAGAUUGCCACUAUGGCAGAUAUGUUGGCGGUUCAUCGUGGCGCUGCAAUGAGAAGCUGUGCCCAAACCAAGACUGUCCCCAGAGAGCUGACCAAAGCAAUAACCAAAACACUAAGCAACGCUGUGAUCAACACCCGAAGUGCGGUGUCAAAUCGCCGCUCCAAUCUUAUCUGGAGGAUGGUCUUCCUGGUUUCCUGCCGCAUCAAUUCAAAACACCUGGUUGCAAAUUAACCUGUACCGUUCCCAACCACUUUGGAAAGCCGUGCCUGACCCCAAUGGGUUUCGGUGACAUUGCCAUAACAGCGUCACAUACAAAGGACGGUUUGUAUCUAUGGCAAGCACUUCAUCGUUUCUGCGUUCAGGGUUCUCACCUUCUCAAACUGUGUAGCCAGCUCAACUGCCUGCUUCGUCGAACACCGCAGACUCUCGGUGAUAUUUUUGGUUUCUACUACAAUUUCCUGGAGAAUUUCGAAAAAAGGAUACAUAAGCAGUAUGCAUUUGACAAGGCGGUGAAGAAAGCAAUUUUCGGCGAGCAGUACAAUAAGUUGGCCAUCACUUCCAUACAGCAGAGCAGUACGCACGGAAAUCAUACGUCAACAGAUGUGGACGGCCAAAACUCCGCCGGUUCGAAACAUCUCACUGGCGACAUCUUCUCCCUCGUGAAGUGCAAGGGUGACAGCGGCGAUCCAGUCCAUCCAUGCGGACCAUAUUUGGAGUCGAUUAGUAAUGACAUUUGUGAUAUAUUCUCCGAAAAGCGCGCUGACAACUAUCUCUCUUGGAUAGUUUACAUUACCGAAACGUUUUAUGAUUUACUCAAGAAACUGUACGAUGAGUGUAGCAGCAAGUGUGGCGGCGAAAAGCCUAAGUGCCGGGUUAGCAAAUGCAUAGAAGCUUGCAAUGCAAAGAAACAUCCGAUGUCCGAACUAGGCAAACAUCAUACCUCAUGUAGUUCAAUUGUCAAGUGCCCGGAUACACUACCGAAUUUGUAUAAAUACGGCUUCACAUUUAGAAGUCCAGCCACGUUAAGUGGCGUGAAUGGUAUUGAGAAGAAGCGUACAUGUUACGACUUCUGCAAUACAUUGAAAAUAGUUGUGAAAGAACAGAGCCUACUACAUAAAUUGGGCCAAAUUCAUCUGGACACUGGUAGCACUCUGGUCGCUCUCGCUCCUCUACCUGCUGCACAUCACCCUCGUCCGCCUCGACGUCUUGAGGAUACGCUCCCACUUAAAAUCACCCUCAAGCCACCGCAUCGCCGCACAGUCGCUCCUCGCCGCCGCACGCGUCAAGGCACUCGGCAAGAUAAGAUACCUGCAGCCGUGAUCUAUAUGCCACUCACCAUCUAUGUCACUCCUAGCUCACCCAGCCACCUAACUGACAACCUAGCAAAUAAUGUAGUAGACGUGUCAUGUUUAUGUUGUACUAGCCACGUUGUGAUCAUCAUUGUGUAG